AUGGAAAACAAAUUGAAAUCACUUAAAGUUGGUGAUCUUAAAGACAUCUUGCAGAAAUCUAAUCUGUCUGUCUCUGGUAAGAAGGAGGAACUUAUACAGAGAAUCCUUCAAAAUCAAUCUACUCAGCCUAUGGAGGACAACGUUGAGCAGAGUAAAGGGGAUCACCAGUCUGAGCAGCCUGAACAUCCUCAACAGCCUGAGCAGCCUCAGCAGCCUGAGAAUAAUGUUGAAAACAAUCCUACACAACCACACAAUCCGGAUAAUUCAAACGAUUCAGAUGCUCAAUUGGAUAGAAAGAAGGCACGCGCUGAGAGGUUCGGGCAAAGCACCCAGCAAUUCGAAAAGGAGCAAUUGAAUCUCCAGGAACAAGCUAAAAAGGACGCCAGAGCUGCCAGGUUUGGCGUAAGUACCCAGCCAAAGACCAAGAAUGAGCCAAAGUUAAGUCAAGAAGAUGAGGAAUUGAAGAAGAAGAGAGAAGCAAAGUUUGGACCAGUUGAGAAAUCUACCACCAACAAGAAGCAGAAGAUAUAA